UUAUCGGCAGCCGACAGAAAUUUUCUAACCUGUCCGAUCGACCAAACGGCCGAUCUCCGCCGGACGAAAAAUGUCGGGAAGCCACAAAAGGAGUCAAAGCUGAAGCCCCAAGCCACGAAAAGACCUGAAGCCACAAAAGGAGCCUAACUGACAUUACAGUGUGAAACAGACAUGGCUGCUGUGGUUUCAAAUUCUUCUGGGACAGAGUUGUAUAUGGAUCCCACCAAAGAUUUGUGUAUCAAUGAUGUAGUCCUAUCCACUCCACAGUGCUAUGCUGAAGAAGAAACUCUUGUGCAGUCUCCAGCUGACAACAACGCAAGGAACCGCAACGAGACAUCCAUAGUUACUGAAAUUGCCUCUUCAGCUGCCAUGGGCCAGUCAGCUGAAGGAAACCUGCCAUCCUCUGAUAUGAAGCUUUGGACAUCACAGAGGGACAGUGAAGUGAAAUUGCGACUGGAAGAUUCAGGUGUUGCCAGUUUGCCCCCUGUUACCAUUCACCAGUUGUUCCAAGAGUCUGUAAAUAAAUACGGAGAUUAUUUGGCCCUUGCGUCUAAGCAGGGAGAUCAGUGGCACAAAUUGACUUACAAACAAUAUUAUGAGCAGUGCCGAAAAGCAGCCAAAGGGUUCAUUAAGUUGGGUUUGGAAAGAUACCAUGGUGUGGGCAUCCUGGGUUUUAACUCUGCGGAAUGGUUUAUUGCUGAUGUGGGAGCUAUUUUUGCUGGUGGCUUUGCUGUGGGCAUCUAUACAACAAAUUCUGCUGAGGCUUGUCAUUAUGUGGCUCAAAACUGUGAAGCCAACAUCAUUGUGGUGGAGAACCAGAAACAACUUCAAAAAAUCCUUCAGGUUCAGGAUCAGCUGCCUCACCUUAAGGCAAUCAUCCAGUACAAGGACGAGCUGAAAGAGAAGAGGCCUAAUCUGUAUACAUGGAAUGAGUUCAUGCAGCUGGGAAAAGACAUUCCAGACUCUCAAUUAGACCAGAUCAUUUCAUCCCAGAAGCCCAACCAAUGUUGCACCCUCAUCUAUACUUCCGGGACCACUGGGCAACCUAAAGGAGUCAUGCUUAGUCAUGAUAAUAUCACUUGGACCGCAGCUGCAGCAGGAAAGACUGUGCGACUAAGAGAGGCUACUGAUAUGCAGGAAACUGUGGUUAGCUAUCUGCCCCUUAGCCACAUUGCAGCACAGAUGAUAGAUAUCUGGUUGACCAUGAAGUAUGGAGGAGCCACUUACUUUGCUCAGCCUGAUGCACUGAAGGGCUCUUUAGCCAACACCUUGCGUGAGGUUAGGCCAACAGCCUUUAUGGGUGUUCCAAGAGUGUGGGAGAAAAUGCAGGAGAAAAUGAAAGCUGUAGGAGCCAAGUCAUCUACAAUCAAACGAAAGGUGGCAACUUGGGCCAAAGGAGUGGGCUUAGAGACAAAUCUGAAGAAAAUGAAUGGAUCAGCACCCCAUCCAAUGAAGUAUCACGUGGCAAAGAAAUUGGUUUUCAAAAAAGUCCGCAAGGCUCUUGGACUAGACCGAUGUACAAAGUGUUACACAGGGGCAGCCCCCAUCACAAAGGACACCUUGGAAUUUUUCCUGAGCCUCAAUAUUCCUGUUUAUGAGCUUUAUGGGAUGAGUGAAAGUUCUGGCCCACAUACCAUCUCCUUGCCUGAUGCAUUCAGAAUCACCAGUUGUGGAAAAGUAAUUUCAGGGUGCAAGACAAAAAUCCAUCAGCCAGAUAGUGAUGGCAGUGGGGAGAUCCUUUUCUGGGGCCGUCAUGUCUUUAUGGGAUAUCUGAACAUGGAAGACAAAACAUACGAAUCCUUGGAUGAGGAGGGCUGGCUGCAUUCUGGUGAUAUUGGGAAACAUGAUGAGAAUGGAUUUCUUUACAUUACUGGAAGAAUCAAAGAGCUGAUAAUAACAGCAGGUGGAGAGAACAUUCCUCCUGUUCCAACUGAAGAUGCUCUCAAAGAGCAGGUUCCAAUAAUCAGUAAUGUCAUGUUGAUUGGAGACAAGAAGAAGUUCCUUUCCAUGCUUCUAACUCUUAAGUGCAAUGUGAAUGCAGACACAGGGGAGCCAGAGGAUGAGCUCACUCCAGAAGCCAUUGGGUUUUGUCGGCAGAUUGGCAGUAAAGCCACACUAGUAUCUGACAUAGUUGGGGGCAAAGACAUGGCUGUAUAUGCUGCAAUCCAGGAAGGGGUAAAUUCAAUAAACCAGAAGUCAACCUCAAAUGCACAGAAGGUCCAAAAGUGGCUCAUCCUUGAAAAAGAUUUUUCCAUCGCUGGAGGAGAAUUGGGCCCCACCAUGAAGUUAAAACGUCCAGUAGUGGCAAAGAUGUACAAAGACCAAAUUGAUAGCUUCUAUCAGGAUGCAGUAACCCCUACAGAAAACAUCACCCCUCCUAAAUAGGGUCUUCUUGUUGGCGCUUAGAUAACGAUCUCCACAAUUUGCUUACCUCCCAGAAUCAAGCAAAACAGUGCAAGUUUUUUUUUUGUAUAUUUUAUAUUAAAACAAUGAAACGAAAAUUUCCUUCCACUCCAUCUAAAAA